AAAACCCUGAGUUUAACCUGACGUUGCCUCGAUAACCGCAGAUCGAGUUCAACCUACUCCGAUUUAACUCUGGGUUAACAAAGAAACUCGAGGAUGACAAACCCUGGCUGCCUGACUUUGAGUUAAACGAUACUACGAAGUUUAGCUCUCGUCACUGAAGAUGUCGGGCCGGGAUCCUUUCCCCUCUCCGAAGUUUGAAAACGGCUUCACCCUGAGCGGCUUCAGACGGCAGCAGAGACGAACGUUCGAGAAACCAACGCACAUCGCCCAAACCGAGGAGCCCUGGAGUCGCCUCCACGACACAUCCACGUUGGCCAGCAUCCGGCGGAGUGUGAUGCACGAUCAGCAUGAGGCUCCGAGUGACAGCCUCGACUUCCACCUGAAGUCAGUCUACGACCACAGCAAGGACUUUUUCCUGACAAAGAACCAGAUGUUAUUCCAGGCGAAGACGCUUUCUGAGGACCACAGGGAACGGGAAAACAUGAAUCAGGACCUGCCGCAAAAGGAACAAGAGGAAAACACCAGAGUGUGGGUCGACCCAGUGAGGCGCUCCAUUUACAGCAUUAAGUGAAGCGUGGCUGAAGUUCAGUAAAAAUAAAAUUCUCAAGUUUAUCAUCA